AUGACGACUGAAACCGUCAGUAUCAAAGAGCUGACUAUCCCACAGCUUCAAGAUCUUGCACGUCAAUUUGAGCAAAAAUCUCUUCAAGCCCAGUUUGUUGCUUCAAAAAAUUGUCUAGGCGAUCUUACCCCAGAAAAAGAAAGCAGAGAUAUUCUUGUCCCUUUGACUUCAACUUUAUGUGUUCCUGGCAGACUUUCUGAUGCUUCGCAUGUGCUUGUUGAUAUCGGCACAGGAUAUUAUGUUCAGAUGACCGUCCAAGAAGCCGAAAAUCACUUUAGCCGUCGAGUUGAAUAUAUAAAUAAACAAAUCAAGAAGAUUUUACCGCUUUUAGAGGAGAAGACGCAGGCGCAUAAGUCGAUUUCGGACGUCCUGGAUGCUAAAAUCCAAGAGUUCAUUAAGGUUCGGUCGGCAACGUGUUCUUGA